CACUCAGUUGCAAAAGAAAACAAGUAAUGGCUGAAACUCCAUUGAAACCGGUUCUCCAAAAGCCACCGGGAUUUAGAGACCCAAACUUCCCGGCGGCACAGUCCGGGUUCAGACUGCCGCCGCGAAGGCCUUUACUGCCACCAUCUUUCCAUCAAAGGGAAGGGAGUAGAUUUAGCCGUGCUUGUUGUUGUUCGCUCUGCAUUUUCUUAUCGGUUUUGAUUCUCCUCGUCGUCGCCGGCUGCAUGGUUUUCUACAUCUUGUUCGACCCGAAAUUCCCCGUCUUUCACGUCCAGUCAAUUCGGUUGUCACAGUUUAACGUCACCAAAAAACCCGACGGAACCUACCUCGACGCCGUGACGAAGACGAGACUCGAAGUGAAGAACCCGAUCUUAAAGAUGACGUACUAUUACGGCGACACCGAGUUUGACGUUAGUUUCGGAGAGGGUGGAGAUGAGACUGCGGCGGGAACGACGGCGGUGACCGGUUUUACUAUGGUGAAACAGAGCACGACCUGUUUGAAAGUGGAGACAAAGGCGAGUAACAUGCUGGUGGCUGACGAUGUCGGGAACAGGCUCCAGACGGGGCACAGAAUCAAGAUGUUGCCGGUGAACGUGGAGGCUCGGACGAAAAUUGGGCUGGGUGUGGCGGGUUUGAAGAUUGGAAAGAUGGCGGUGGCUGUUAAGUGCGACGGAAUCACCGUGAAACAUCUUGAUGGUGGAGACAUGCCAAGAUGCGUCAUCAACAUGUUAAAAUGGUAA